GUACGGCUGCGAAAGAUUUCAUCACUUUAUCUACGGCCGCAAUGUCAUUGCAGAGACCGAUCAUCGGCCCUUGAUUACCAUUGCUCGGAAACCAAUAGGCGAUAUGCCGCCAAGGCUACAGCGUUUCUUCCUCCGUUUGCUGCGUUAUGACCUUGACUUGCAAUUCAUUCCAGGGAAGCAGCUCGUCCUGGCCGACAUGCUCUCGAGAGCCACAAGCAGGCAAGCGGGUGACACCGACAGCGACGAUGUAGAAGUCCACGCGGACGACACCGAUGGAGGGUGCGCCUUCACCUGCCGAGGUGUUACAAGGAAGGCGACUGCGAACGACGCUGCCGGAUGUCCGUUCCGUUCCAGAAUUUCCGGUCCGAAAGCAUCGCCAGAGCAACGCCUGCAGGAGGACCCUAGCGCCGCUGGGAGCAGGCGACACCGUUCGAGUUAAAGGGGGGUCAUGGUCGACCAAAGCACGAGUCCUCGAGCCAUGCAAUACUCCCAGGUCAUACCAUGUCGUCACAGAGGAAGGAAGGGUCCUCCGCCGCAACCGCCAGCACCUACUUCCGACCGGUGAAAGCUUUCGAAGGCGCACGUGUUCCAGCAGCAGUGAGGACUUCGCCGAACAAACUGCAAAUUGCAGUAGUGGGCCCGCAGCUCUCCAUGCACCCAAUACGGCAGGCAUCGUAACUUCAAGAAGUUCGACAAGACUGCGACGGCCACCACAGCGGUUGACCUACGACAGAAACUUUGUGCAAGUGUCGUGAUGAGCUUCCCAGUGGCGUGCAAUGAACGAUGUUUCUUCUGUGCACUGUUCAACCCUGUAACUCCCCGUUAGAAAAAUA